UCGGCCGUUGUUGUGAAUGAGGGCCAGCAUGACGUCAGGAAGCCAAUGUCAACAAUGCAGCUCUCCUAGAGGAGAAAAGGCGUCUCAUCCAACACACACACACACACACACACACACCGACUGAUGCCUGCGGUCCGUUACAAGCAGCGGUUCUGGCUGCGGGGAAACUAACGAACAGAAGAAGGAACAAUGUGGACCCUCUCUUAUAUUUAAGGAAUUGAACGCAGACGAGCAGGAAAAGCGGGGUGCUAGAGAGAGUGAUGUCGGCAGACGAGGAGCGGGAUGGCGAGGCGGCGGCGCCCGUGUACGUGUACGAAUCUAAGGUCCACUGUGCCAACGUGCUGCUGAGCCUGGAGGAGCAGCGGCGCCAGGGCAUCCUGUGCGACGUCACCGUGCUGGUGGAGGGACGGGAGGUGCGCGCACACCGGGCCGUCCUCGCUGCUAGCAGCCGCUACUUCCUGCAGGCCCUGCUCGGGCACAACGGGUCACAAGGCCAGGCGGAGCCCAUCAUCGACCUGCCAGACAAGGUGACUGCUAAGGGUUUCGCUCCGCUGCUCCAGUUUGCCUACACAGCCAAGCUGAUUUUAAGCUCGGAAAACAUCCACGAGGUCAUCCUUUGCGCCGACUUCCUGGGCGUCCACAAUUUGGAGGACUCCUGCUUUCGAUUCCUUCAAGCGCAGCUACAGAACGACAGCCAGCACGCCAGCAACGGCAAGGUGGAAUACGCCGAAGACAUCACUGCCGAGGAUGCGAUCUCUUCAGAUGAUUCGGCAGAGAUGAGGCAGCAGACCAAUCACGUAGCAGGCGCUGCUGCGUCUCUUCCCGCUGACCUUUCUCAAUGUCCUAAAUACAGGAAGUAUCAUUACCAGGUCCCUCACAACAAGCACAAUGGAGAAACCCACCAUGGCAACGGGGAGGCCAUUUUGGCCAACCAUACCUCAGUCAGCCCGGCGCACUCCCACAGCAGCGCCGCGGCAACUCUUCUCACGCCCUCCAGGAUCAAAGAGGAGCCGUUUGCGUACGAGGAAGAAGGCGAUGAAAGGAGCUGUUUUAACCCGGAGUUGUGUACCGAGGAGGUUCUGGAGAUGGAGCUGGAGGUAGAAGGUGUCCCAGUAGCCGCUGAGCACUCUCCGAGCGGGGGGUCGCCGUCUUCGUGCCUGCGCUCCUACCUCCAGAGGGGCGGCUUAAAUCUCAGCAGCGUGCCCAGCACCACCAUCCAUCAGCUACUCACCAACAGACUGUCCCUCAACCACUACCGGGAGCUGGUCAAAGACAGGCAGAGGGACAAGAGGGAGUCUCUGGGUCAAGGGGACUUCAAGACAGAUGUCAUGCCAACGGCGCCGAUCGUGGACAGGCCGGUGUCCAAAGCGUCCUCGUCUAAACACGAGGGCGAUCCAGACAGAGCCAGUGUCAUUUUCUCUUCAGCGGCUGGCGAGCAACAUAUGUUGGCACAUUCUUACAUGGAUGAUAAGUUCCGAGAAGAGGUCUCAACCCUGAUCCAGGAAGGAGCGUCUUCCGGGAGGUCGAGCCUCGCCACCAGCUGCCCCGUUCCCAUCAAGACAUCGGCCCACUCCCCGCCCCCUUCUGAGCCCCGAACCCAGACUUCCAGUUCUCGAUCCUCGUUCUCUUACCCAGAGGACGCAGGCAGCGGUAGCUCACCGUUCAACCUUCCGCAGUUUGACUUCUCCUCAUCCCCGCACUCAGGCUCCACCUCUGGACUUCCUCACUGCCUGGCUGGGGUCGUAGAGGAGAGAAACCCGCACGCCGGAGAUGUGGUCUUCUCUCAGGGUUGCGCCAGUAUCAAAAGUGAACAGGGAUUUGGUGCCGGUGGUGGAAUCUCCAGCGACGAAUCGGGCUCUUUCUCAGAGGGAGACAGUGAAAGCGGCGUCUCCAGAGUUUCUGGCCCUGAGGUAAAGCUGCCCUUCCCCGUGGACCAGAUCACCAACCUGCCACGCAACGACUUCCAGAUCCUCAUCAAGAUGCACAAGCUGACGUCGGAGCAGCUGGAGUUCAUCCACGACAUCCGCCGACGCAGCAAAAACCGCAUCGCCGCCCAGCGCUGCCGCAAGAGGAAGCUGGACUGCAUCCAGAACCUGGAAGGAGAGAUCCGCAAACUGGUGUGCGAGAAGGACAAGCUGCUGAGCGAGCGCAACCAGCUGAAGGUUUGUAUGUCGGAGCUGUGGCAGAACCUCUCGUUUCUCUCCCAGCAAGUGUGCCGGGAGGUGCAGGGCGCCCAGCACCCCCCCGUCUCCGCCAGCAUCGACCUCACGUCCAACCCGCCAUCGCCUUCUUCCGAAGAGGGCUCGUCCCGGCCCCGGUCGCCCGCGUCGCAGCAGAGCGACACCGCGUGUCUGUCGGAUCAGGGUGGGGGUUGGGGGGCGCGGGAGGACAGGCAGCCCGGGGUGGAGGUGUCCCGUGUGGGGCUGGAGAACCCAGAGUGUCCCCUGCUGCUGGGAUCCACUGAGGAAGUGUGUAGCCCCACUGUAACUGUGGAUUUCUGUCAGGAAAUGACUGAGAAAUGUAGAACAGAGGAACAGAAGAGACAGAACUGCACUUAGAGUCUGGUGGUGAAACCGUUCUGGACACACUCAUUCUUCUCUACUUGCUAUUUGAAGUAUUUUUCUUUCUUUUUUUUGUAAUGGAGGACACAAGCGUUGUCUGAUCAGCAAUACUGUUCAACAGCUAUUUUUUGGACUGGUGAUGAAACAAAAGCACUGGCAGCUUUCUCUCUCUCCCUCUCUCUCUCUCUCUCUCUCUCUCUCUCUCUCUCUCUCUCUAUCUCUCUCUCUCUCUCUCGGUCUCAUCCUGACUCUUCCUGUCAGCUUCCCUCCCUCUCUCGUGCAUCAUGGGAGGUUAAACUCAGGAAUUUCUCAGAAUGUUUUUUCAGUAAUGUCCCUGUUAACAUGAACAAUGCACUUUACUUUACAGUCCUGUCGAAUCUCGAUCGCUGCUUCGGCACACGCUCUUGAUUUGUAGGAAAUGUUAUUAAUAUUUG